AUGUUGUUGACUAUUUUAUUUACAUUUAUUGCUAUUUACCAAUCCAAUCCCGUUGUUGCUGAUGUAAAUUGUGUCAGUAUUUCUAAAGCUGAAAACAAAGAAGUUCGUGUUGCAUACUAUGAAUCAUUUAGUACCCAAUCAAUUGGACCAUUGUAUACACUGACUUUAAGUUCUAGUAAUAGUAAGGUCACCGGUACAGGACAAGGUUCCACAUCAAAAUAUUCCUCAACAAUUAGAACUUUAAAUUUAGGUGGUGGUGGUGGUGGUGUUAUUGGUGUUAUUGGAGGUGGUAGUGCUACUAUCGAUACUUCCCAAGAUAAUGAUAUUGGUGUUGGUACAGUUGGAACAACUUCAACUGGUGAGGCUACUAAGAGUAGUAGUAGUAGUACUGGAAAUUCAGAUGAUGAUUCAACAAGUCUUAACAAUGAAACAAUUGACUUAACUUAUUCUCAAGCUGGUUCAACUAUCCAAGUAUUAACCUGGACAUUUUUGAUUAACUUGUUGUUAAAUUUCAUCUAA